UCUGUUUUCCUUAUUAAACGAUAUGGGAUUUUUUAUGUGUUCAAAACUAUAAUUAAGAUGUUAUUUUGGAUACCUGAUUCAGAAUUUUUUCUCAAACUUGAUUUCCAUCAGUUCCCUAAUUGACCCAUGUAUCAGUUUUUGUUGUGUAUUUUCAUAGUUCAUUUUGUGGGCAAAAAAAGAGCUAAUACUAGUGUAAAAUGGCCAACUUGUAUAACUAAAAACUGUAAUAAGGCUAUUUGCAGCUGGAAAAGUAUAACUUUUGACUAGGGAAAUGCUAAUGAGUUCCUGAAAUCCUUAACUAGUGUGGUUAGCAAAGGUGAUAUUUAUGGAAAAUUUUUUCUUUGGAUUUAAAGUAUAUAUUUUUGGGAGUUCAGCUCGUUUGGUUGAUGCAGUUAUCCAAUUCCUUUUCUUAUUCUAAGCUGCGGCUUCCUUGGUAAAAAAAAAGAAGUAUAUAUUUUUAAAAAUAGUUCCAUACUUUGUGUUUUAUAGGCAUUCGUUACCAAAAUUUUUUUGGUGAAUGAGAGAGCCUUGGGAAUACUGAGGAUGAAAAGCAACCUUUAUGUUACGUGUGGAUAGACUUGUUUGUUCAACUCUUUUGACUUAUGUUACAUGUGGAUAGACUUGUUUAUUCAAUUCUUUUGACUAGGGGCACCUUUUAUGCAGCUUCAAAGUUUUAGAGUUGGAAAAGAAAGCUAGUUUACAUGCAUAAUUGGAUUUGCAUUUAAUGGUAUUUUCUUAAGUUGGAAAGGAAAUCUGGGUUGUAUUUGCAUGGAUUAUUAGAUUUUUCUUUAACAAUUCUUCUACACCCCUACAUGUGAAGAAGGUGGGAAGGGGCUAAUUGAAUUCAUGGAACUUUCACUAUUUGAAAUUUCUCUCUUCCUCUGGACUGAUAUUUGACUUCAAGUAGGAAAGAAGCAGAGAUACCGAAGGAUGGAUUUGUAUGAUAGCCCUAUGUCUGAGUUACUCAAUCAGAAGUACUCAAUACAAGGAAAAGUUCCUUCAGGCUAUCUUAACACUAUUUUUGAUUUGAGUGGAGACUGGCUUCAUGAUGCUGCAGACACAAAAAAUCUUGCUUUUGAUGGUUACUUUAUUUCAUUGUAUCAUUUACACCUUACAUCAUCUCCACUCGUACUGCAUGACAGAGUUAAGAAGUCUGUUCCACCUCACUGGGAUCCAGCAGCGUUGUCUAGGUUCAUCCAGACAUAUGGGACACACAUAAUAGUUGGCAUGGCUAUCGGAGGUCAAGAUUUAAUAUGUGUCAGACAGAAUUAUUCCUCUAGAAUUCCUCCUUCUGAGCUCAGAGGGUACUUGGAGGAUCUUGGAGAUGUUAUGUUUUCAGAUGGGCAAAGCCCUUCAUUACUACAGAGAAAAAAAAGAGAUGGCAAACAAAAAGUGCCCGAGGUCUUUAAUUGCAUUUUGCAAUCAAACACCAUGCAGUUGGCCAGCAUUGCAGAAACAUCAAGCAGAGAUGGACUCACUAUCAUUUGUUCAAAAAGAGGAGGAAAUGUGUUAUUGCAUAGUCACUCCAACUGGCUCCAGACAGUGCCUGCUAAACCAGAAGGAAUUUUGUUCAAGUUUGUACCAAUUACUUCUCUUCUGACUGGGAUUCCAGGAAGUGGGUAUCUCAGUCAUGCGAUCAACUUGUAUCUUCGUUACAAGCCUGCUCCAGAGGAUUUACGGUAUUUCUUGGAGUUUCAAGUUCCACGACAAUGGGCACCUAUGUUCUGUGAGCUGCCACUUUGGCAUCAUAGGAAAAAUGCUUCUUGCUCUUCCCUGAAAUUUUCUUUCAUGGGUCCUAAGAUGUACGUUAGCUUUACGCAGGUUUCAAGUGAUCUAAAACCAGUAGUUGGCCUCCGCUUGUACUUGGAAGGAAAGAAAUGCAACCGAUUGGCGUUACAUGUGCAGCAUCUCUCAAGUCUUCCAAAUAUAAUGACAUUGACAUCAGGCAGACCAUGCCAAUGGCGAGGUUCAGAUGACUAUAACUCCAGUGAUCAAUUUUUAGAGCCAGUCAGGUGGAAGAGAUACUCGAAUGUGUGCACAUCUGUUGUUAAGCAUGAUCCUAACUGGUUGCAAGAAGUUUCAAGUGGUGUUUUUAUUGUAACUGGUGCACAGCUCCUUAGCAAAGGGAAGUGGCCAAAGACAGUUUUGCAUCUUCGUCUGCUUUUCAUCCAUAUACCCAACUGCACAAUCAGGAAGACAGAGUGGGCAGCUGCACCUCAAACUUCUCGUAAGGCCAGUUUUCUUACAAAUCUGAGCACAACUUUUUCUUUCACUCAACGGAUGGUCACUGGACAACAAAAGCAGGCGUCAACUGCACUUAAUUCAGGCAUAUAUCCGGAAGGUCCACCUGCACCAAUUCGCUCCAAAAAACUACUAAAAUAUUUAGAUAUAUCCGAGGUUGUGCGUGGUCCACACGAUGCUCCGGGACAUUGGUUGGUAACUGCAGCUAAGCUAGUCAAUGAGGGUGGUAAGAUUAGCUUGCAAGUGAAAUUUGCAUUGUUGGACUAUCCAUGAAUUUCAGCUUCUGUUUCAUAUAUAGAGUGAGAUUGAUACAUUUUAUCAUACAAGGUUGAGUUGAAUUGGUUUUUCUUUUAUUCCUUUGUACAAGUGGAGAAUUCCUUUGUACAAGUGGAGAGUGCUAUAGCAUGAAUGUGUUACCCAAAUUCUUAACCUUCCAACCACACGAGCUGCACCCGAAAUGGCAAAUUCGAGUGUUGCCAUUGGUUUAUUUGUUUUUGUUUUUCUUCUUUCUUCUUUUUGAACAAAAGAAACCAUUCAGUUCAUUCGGAGAGCUCCGUUUUUGUAGCCCGAGUGUUCAGAUUUAUAGUAGAAGCAUGCCAUCAUUUUGUACAUAGGAAAAAUUUUUUGAUUACACGUGAUUUUGAGCUACACAAUAGAAGACCUUUCAUCCCAUAAACUCGAAUCCGAGACGCUCAAGUUGGAUUCUCACGUUCCGAUUGCUGGGGUGUCUCUUAAAAGAGUACAAUUGCUGGGUGUCCUCUAAAAAUUGUACAGAGAAAACAUGUAAGUUCAUAAAUAAGUAUAAACCUACCCAUCUUUUAGGAAUUUUUUUUUUUUA